UUAUCCGAAUAUCCUCCUAUCGAAGAUUCCACUUCACUGCUGAGCAGACGUGGUGAUACGUUUCUUAAUCGACGAAUACCAAUCGAAGAUAUACCGUGGGGUAUGGAUAUUAGACAUGAUGAACGCUGGAGAGACACUCCUUCAGACUGGACAUUCGAGGAUUUCGGUUUUGCGGGUCGAGGUUUCCGGCCGAUGUAA